AUGGAGCAGUUCCUUGAGUACAGGAUGGUCGAAGACCAUUCUGUAGUGGAACAGGCUCAUGAAAUACAUACUCUGGCAAAAGAUCUCAAAAAUUGCAGCAAAGAGUCCCCAUGUGUGUUACCCAAUAAGUUUGUGGCCGGAGGUAUAAUCUCUAAGCUGCCACCUUCUUGGAGGGACUUUGCUACUUCUCUAAAAUACAAGAGACAAGAGUUCACAAUAGAUGGACUCAUAGGGACUCUUGAUGUUAAGGAGAAGGCGAGAGCAAAGGACAUACGUGGGAAAGGAGUUGUUGGUGCUUCAAGUGCCAAUCUUGUUCAAAAGAACAACUCCCACAAGAACAAGAAAAAGCCACCGCAGAACCAACCAAAGACUAAGAAGACAACCACUUUUAAGAAGAAGAAGAAGACGGGAGCUUGCUAUGUGUGCGGUAGUACGGAUCACUUUGCUGCAAAGUAUCCGAACCGCAAAGGCAACGACUCCGCCAACAUGGUUAUUAGCGAGCCUGGAGGAACAUCGGGACCGGCGGGACUUCCUCCUUGCUGAUGGGGAACGGAU